AUGGCCGAUCCAUUCAGCAUCACCGUCGGCGUGCUAGGUGUGCUCCAAGCGGCGUUUUCGACAUGUAAAUUUCUGCGGGGUUUGAUAGAAGGCUAUUCAAACGCACCCGAGACCCUGAGGAGCCUAAGCCAGGAGAUCGAAGCUGUCGAGAGGCAGCUUUCAUUAUUAACAACAGAGCUUUCCGAGCAACAGAACUCGAACUACUCGCCCAACCAGCUGGCGUGUUUCGACACCCUAAAGGCCGUCACUCAACAAUGCCGGGACUCGUGUAAUGAUUUCAAGGCAAAAUUAGCGGAUCUCACGUCUCACUCGACACCUCCUCUUAUUUCGAGCCGUGACAAGGGCCGCCUUCUACUUCACGAGACGGACAUGGCGCUAUUCAAAGCUGAGCUGCAGCGCUACAAGCAGGCACUGGAACUUGCAAUUGGAGUGGCCACCUUCCAAACUGUCCGAAGCAACAAAGAAGCUCUGCAAUCUCUCGAAACAAAGAUGGCAUCUUCCAUCAAUUCCUUCACUGGCCAAAUGGAAGGACUGCAACUGGCCAUCAGCUCGCUGUCCCUGAACAGCCUCAGCAUUCGGCAGGAAGACGUGGAUGUGGUUCUGAAAGUGCUGAAUCGGCACAGCAUGAUGCUAGCUCGAUGCUUGAAGUUUUGUGAAAGCGGCUUGAAGGGGACCACGACGGCAACGGGGACAGCUGUUAAGCAUGCUGAGGCAUUCAACAAGGCGCGGCAGUGGAUUGGAAACAUUGGGGUUGACAGCACGUGGACCCCCAACGCACCGCCUAUUUCACUUGACCGUGUGAUAGCCCGGGAUGAGGCGAUUCAGGGGGUUGGAAAUAUGUCAAGAGAGGCAGCCAAAGACUUUUUCAAAUAA